GGACCUCUCCCGCCCCUGCUGCUUGCGUGUCUGGUGUUUGAUUGAGGUAAUAAAAUCGAUUUUUUGUUUCUGUUACAUCCAAAAGAGACAGGCUGACAGCCCAUACAUUUGGGAAGGGUCUGGGGCUUUUCUUACUUAAGCUUGUUAGAUUUAAUGGCGGAGAGCAAAAGGACAAAGAUCAGCUUAAGCAAGUUCUCUAUUUGCUGGAAAUCAGAAGAAGGAGGAAAAUGUCUCUUGGGUUACUGCAUUGACUAAAGCCUGGGCUUCUGCUGGUGCAUUCAUUAGGGUGAGAAGUGCCUGUAUGAAUACUGAGAGUUUGUGUGUGUCUGCUAGCAUUAGAUAGGACCCUGAACAACCCCCUGGGAGCACUCACCUCCUAUGUUUGCAUUCUGUCUGAUUAACUUCUGCAGGGUGUGGGAUGGGGAAUCCUGGUGCAAACUGACUGCAGAUCUUUACUGGUAUUUCUUCCUGCAGCUUUACAACCAACUACAGGAAAAGCAUUCCGUGAGGGCACUUAGGAUCCCAAUGAUCAACUAUGGAUCCCUUAAGUCAGGUGGCUUCAGGCACACCCCAGGAAUCGGGUAACCUCGGCCAGGACUCUGGAGCAAUGUCGCAACAACUCCUCUACCGUGCUCUGGUGUCUGCAAAAUGGCUUUCAGAAGCCAUCAAGUCCAAGCAAGCUGGUCUGGCCUUGAGAGUCGUGGAUGCAUCCUGGUAUCUGCCAAAAAUGAAGCGUGACCCAAAGCGGGAAUUCGAGGAGCGCCAUAUCCCUGGCGCAGUUUUCUUUGACAUCGACCAGUGCAGCGAUCGCACUUCACCUUACGAUCACAUGCUGCCCAAGGCUGAUGACUUUGCUGAGUAUGUGGGGAAGCUGGGUGUGGGCAAUGAUUCCCACGUUGUGGUGUAUGAUGGCAGCGACCAAGGUCUCUUCUCUGCGCCCCGGGUGUGGUGGAUGUUCCGGGCCUUUGGACAUGAAGCUGUCUCCCUUCUGGAUGGUGGCCUGAAGAACUGGCAGAGAGAGGGGCAUGCUGUGAGCUCUGGGAAAAGCCAGGUAGCUCCUGCUGAGUUCCAUGCCUCCUUGGACAAGUCCCUGGUGAAAACGUAUGAGGACGUCAUAGAGAACUUGGAUUCCCGCCGCUUCCAACUCGUGGAUGCACGUGCUGCAGGACGGUUCCGGGGAGUGGAGCCAGAGCCACGAGAUGGAAUUGAGCCUGGUCACGUCCCCGGGUCGACGAACAUCCCCUUCACUGAUUUCCUCACAGAGUCUGGCUUAGAGAAGACCCCUGAGCAGAUCCGCAGUCUGUUCCAGGAGAAGAAGGUGGACCUCUUAAAGCCGGUGGUGGCCACGUGUGGCUCUGGAGUCACUGCCUGCCACGUGGCUCUGGGGGCCUACCUCUGUGGCAAAGCAGACGUUGCUGUGUACGAUGGGGCCUGGGUGGAAUGGUACAUGCGGGCACAGCCUGAAAAUGUCAUUUCUGAGGGCAAGGGGAAGUCGGUGUAGUGAGUUGCUUUGUGCUUUGUCUCCCAGCUGUGCAAAUAAUUUGCCUUGAAACAGGAUUUGGAAAAGAUGGCUUUAGCAUUCUUGGUUAAGUGCCUGGAGGUGAAAGUAUUGGGUGACACGUGUGGGGACAUGGUGCUUUGCCAUUUCCCUCUUACACUACUGUUGCUGCUUAGGAGCAUAAAGAUGACCUGGGCAGAUAGUUGUAGGUGACCCUGCCAAAACAGGUGGGGUGAACCAGAUAUCCCCCCAGGAUCACUUCAAGCCUCAGCCUUUCUGUGCUUCUGUGUCCACUGUAUCAGGUGGAAAAGAGAGGAUGCUGGUGGUAGCAUGGGGAAGUAACUGAGUCAAGCUAAGGUCAUGAAUCAGGAAAUUCCACCGUGUUCACUCACAGGAUGAUCAAAUUUGUAUAACUGUGCCUCAUGAUCCUGCUCUCUGCAUCUGUCCUGGAAGUCAUCCAUGCACUUUAUGGCCAUUUUGAGUGCAGACUUUGGGGAAAGAUAUAGCUGUGAAAGGAGCAAAUAUGGCUUCCAGGUUGGCACUUAGGUUAGAGAGUUUGGAUUACUUCUUGUGCUCAGAUUCUUAACUGCAAUGUGUAUUUAGCCAGUUUUGUACUCCCAUGGUCCAAUAUUCCCCUUGUAAAAAAAAGAAAAUAUUCUGGGAUUGGGUCAAUAAAUGUGUUCCAAGGUCCUUCUGCUGAAUGGAACUUAUGUGAGUUUUACUUGGGUGAUAUCUUUUCAGGAGCUCUACUUUCA